AUGUAUGUAUGUCUAGCUCUUUUGCUCGCUGCCCUCGCAUGUGUGCGUGUGUGUGUGUGUUCGUCCGCGUAUCCCGUGUGUGUUUGUGUCCGGCCCGUUCGUCGCACCGGACGUUGAUGCACCCGUGUGUUUUGUGUGCCAUUUCAGGUUAACGUUGGUGUCGACCUCUCGUGCUCUCGCGCUUGUGCAUCAACCAGUGACCUUUUUAUACGUUCACUUAGCCUAUGAUGCUGUUUGGAUCGAUGCAGCCCACGCACCAAAGAAACUGAUCCUCCGACACGUACAGACGGCCACAAAGCCACACCGGACGUUGCACCGUCAAACGGACGAAGAACGGUAGAGAAGAAUAGCAAAAAAAAAAAACAAGUACCCGGUCGAAACACAAGAAAAACCAUAAUGAAAAAUUCACCGGACGCGGACGCCGAACCGCACACGUGCGUGGCGACGGCGCCGACGGCCGGAGGCGGCAACGGAGGCCAGCGCAAGAAACGGUUCCCGAGCCGGUGGUCGCUCCGCCACCUGAUCUACUCCAGUCCGAUUCUGAACAGACGCCGUUCCCAGAACGCCUCCGGACCGUCCAAGUCACAUAAAACUAAUAAAGAUGUUCCAGACGGCAAAGUUAGUAGUACAUCGAAAGUACACCAGGUAGAAAUCCACCAAGCAUCUAGUCGAACUUCCACAUGUUCCGAAAAAAGAAAGGUCACGUCCACAAGAAGAAUAGAAUGUCCGGUUUGUUUGUUGGAACUUCCGCCCGAGAGGUUCUGCGAGUUGGCCGCUUGCGGCCACAGAGCCUGCGACUCCUGCUUCAAGGAAUACCUACGCGUCGAAAUCACCGAAUCGAGAGUCUGCAUUAAUUGUCCCGAAUGUUUCGAACCGAUGCACCCCAACGAAAUCCAAAAGAUUCUAAACAACCCGCGCCUCUUCGAGAAAUACGAGGACUUCAUGGUGAGACGCGUGCUACUGGUCGAUCCGGACACCCGCUGGUGUCCAGCGCCGGACUGCGGCUUCGCCGUCAUCGCCAGCGAAUGUGCCAGCUGUCCGAAGCUGAAAUGCGAACGACCCGGCUGCGAUUCGUACUUCUGUUACCACUGCAAGGCCGAAUGGCACCCGAACCAGACGUGUGACGCCGCCAGGGCACAACGCUCGCCCAACAUCCGAUCGUCGUCGAUCACCUACAGUCAGGAUUCCCAGCACAGAGACGACAUAAAGCCAUGUCCGAGGUGUCAGGUGCUCAUCGUGAAAAUGGACGACGGUUCUUGCAAUCACAUGAUGUGCGCCGUUUGCGGCGCAGAAUUUUGUUGGCUGUGUAUGAAGGAAAUUAAUGAUCUUCAUUUUCUUAGUCCGUCUGGCUGCACCUUCUGGGGCAAGAAACCGUGGUCCAGGAAGAAGAAAAUCCUGUGGCAGCUUGGCACAUUGGUUGGAGCACCGGUCGGUAUCGCCCUGGUGGCCGGGAUCACUGUUCCAGCCAUGAUAAUCGGCAUUCCAGUUUGGGUUGGUAGGAAGCUUUACACAAGGUACAAGUCCGCUAACAAGCAUAAGCGCAACGCUGCAAUCGUUGGUGGUGUCAUCGCUUCGGUUUUAAUAUCUCCAAUAUUGGCUGGCCUAGCAGUCGGCAUCGGCGUCCCAAUCCUCCUAUUCUACGUUUACGGCGUCGUGCCGGUCUCCUUGUGCCGGUCGGGCGGCUGCGGCGGUUCCAGCUCCGCCGACGACUCGUCGUCGGUAAUGGCAUCGUCGCGCGCCCCCGACUCGUCGUCCAUCGACGCGGUGAGCGGCAGCAAGGUGGCCAAUCCGUCGAUCGGCGAAGCUAGCCUCUCGAUGGCCAGCGGCAGUCAGGUGUUACGCGAGACCGAUCGCGAAACGGACCGCGAGUCGGCCAGCAUGGCCGCAUUGUCGGGCAGCGUCGGUCAAGGCACCCAAAAACUCUCCGUUCAUCUGGACAGAAUCUCUAACUUGAGGCUGAGCAUCAGCAGUCUGUCUGAGUCGGCGAACGCGAGCAUCGCGGACGACGCUGGUGCGUCUGUCCGCGCCCUCGCUGGCUCCAUCGUUAACUAUAAGGCCGCUGGUAGCGAUUCGUGCAGCUGCGUGACGACGGAGGACUGCGCGUCGGAACGCGUCAGAUUCGACGACAACGUGAGCUUCAUCCAGGCCGAGAAGACGAGCAUCGGGAGCAGUUGCAGCUUUCGGGCUAGGUGUAAUACGAAGCCGUCGCUGAGCAAGACCGAUCGCGUUUACGACACGCUGAGCAACGACAGUAUUUACAUUGAUAUAGACGAAAAGCCCAGGAAAUACUCGUCGCAAGCAGCUUUACUCCGUAGCCAGUUUUUCCAUUCGAUCAAUGAUAACAAACCGACGACCAAGAGCCUGGAUGAGAAGACUAUUAUUGAAGUUUCAAACGAAACUUUAGAUAAGCAGUCGUUACCGCAGAUCAAGGAUGAAUGUGUGCCGGUUCCGAUAAGACAGUCGAAGACAGCUACAUCUCUGAGUUAUGAGAGUUCGAAACUGUAGUUACCUUGUCUAGAACUUCUAUUAUGGAAGACUGAUGUGCAUAAAAUAUCUUAUUUAUUUAUAUCGAUUAUUCUUGUGCUAUUAACUUAUCCUAUCCAAAAAAUUUAACCAAUUAAACUUAAAUAGGUAUCGCUAUGUAUAAAAUGUUCGGCCUUUAUUCUAUUUUAAUUAUAUAUAAACUACUGCCAAUAACUUAGUUUAUAUUCCGAAAUAGACAUUUAGCUAAUUUCAAUAAAUAUAUGUUUUAUAUAUUAAAUAAUAAACUAAUCCCUAAGAACAAUUGUAAACGUCUUGAAUUUUUAUUUUUUAUUUUGGAAAUGACAAGAGAAUAGCACUUAUGGUAAUAUAAAUAAGGUGGUAACCAAACCGAAUUUCCGAGGAAUGACAUCAACACACCCACUUAUAUUUUAUGACAAAUUUCUUUUAAUCACUAGUUAACAUAUUUUUGAUAAUUCGUUUACACUGUCCACGUUAAAUUUAAGUCGUUCAUUUUUAUUAAACGUAUUCAAGAAAGCAACUAAACAUCUGAUGACCACCACCAUAUUUAUAAUACUGCUAUGUAAAUUCGGCUUAAAUGUUUGUUAUAGGUUAUAUUGGCAACAAUAUUUUUAUAUUGUUAUAUUUGAACUAUACAACUUUUAAUAUAUUCAACAGGGAAGUUGCUUUCAUUAUUUGGAUAUUUUUAAAGAUUUAUUAUUUUUUUAAAUGUAAUCGAAUGUAAGAACUAAAUUAAAAUAUUUGUCUUAUAUCA